CAUGUUCCAUGUAUGUCGCAUGGUGGAGCUGCUGUUGACCUUUCUUUCUUGUGCGACUGAUUUCCUGCUCUUUAGUUUCCUUGUUUAGAAAGAUGGCAGACAACAAGCUUUAUGAUAUAUUAGGUGUAAACAGAAAUGCAGGAGAAAAUGAAAUCAAAAAGCAAUAUAGAAAACUAGCAAAGGAAUUCCACCCUGAUAAAAAUCCUGAUGCUGGUGAUAGAUUCAAAGAAAUUUCCUUUGCUUAUGAAGUUCUUUCUGAUCCUAAAAAAAGAGCAACAUACGAUAGGUAUGGCCUCCAAGGAAUGCAGGAAGGAGCACAAGAUUUUGGUGGAGAGGAUUUCUUGUCUCACAUUUUUGGUGGAGGCCUCUUUGGAGGAUUCAGCCCUUUUGGAGGUCCUAUGGGAGGAAUGAGACAACGAAGACAAAGAACUGAAGAUACGGUUCAUACUUUGAAAGUUUCUCUUGAAGAUUUAUAUAAUGGAAAAACCAGUAAACUGCAAUUGAGUAAAAAUGUUAUUUGCAAAAAAUGUAAUGGCAAAGGUAGCAAAAACGGAAAUGUUGUGAAAUGUAAUACCUGCAGAGGUUGUGGAAUUAAGACCACUCUCCGUCAUAUUGGCCCAGGCUUUGCGCAACAGUCUCAAUCAACAUGUCCUGAUUGCCAUGGAUCAGGUGAAUACAUUAAAGACAGUGAUCGUUGCAGUUCCUGUAAAGGAAAGAAAGUGAACAGCGAGACCAAAAUUCUUGAAGUCCACAUUGAUAAAGGUAUGAAAGAAAAUCAAAAGAUUUUCUUCCGAGGAGAAGGUGACCAGAUGCCAGAUGUUGAAGCAGGUGAUGUUGUUAUUGUUCUCCAACAGAAACCUCAUGAAAAAUUUGUCAGGGAUGGUGAUAAUCUAAGAAUGGAACAUACUGUCACUCUAACAGAAGCUUUAUGCGGUUUCAGCUUUGUUGUUAAACAUUUAGAUGGCCGUGAUCUAGUUGUCACACACCCUGUUGGUUCAGUAUUAAAACCUGGAGAUAUUAAAACUGUGGAAAAUGAGGGUAUGCCUCAAUACAAGAAUCCAUUCCAAAAGGGAAACCUAAACAUAAUGUUCAAAAUUACAUUCCCCGAGAACCACUUUGCUGAUGAGCAGGGCUAUGCUCUUCUAGAGAAAUACCUGCCACCUAGGCCCGCCUUCAACAUGCCAAUCGGGGAUAAUGUGGAAGAAGUAGAUCUAAAUGAUUAUGAUCCCAACGAGCGCAGGAAUAAUAGUAAUCAUCGUGGGGAAUCUUACGCUAGUGAUGAUGAAGAGGCACAUGGUCCAGGUAUACAAUGUGCACAACAAUAGAUGGCUUAGAUUAUACAGAGUUGUCCUGCUACUUUCUAAAUAAGGAUCAAAUGAUUCAAAUAACUAUAUUCAUUGUAAUCAUGUAAUACAGAAGACCCAGAGGCUUGGACUACAUAAAUAUUUCAAUUUGUAGAAUA